AUGUUGAGAACACUAGUACCCCGGGGCUCUUUGGUUCAAAAUCCGGCCAUGAAAUUGGCAUCUUUGGCCGCUCCAACGAUCGCAAAGAGGUCGUACCAUCCAAGAGUCAUCGAUCAUUAUACCAACCCCAGAAACAUCGGAUCGUUGGACAAAAAGCUGUCGAACGUGGGAACCGGGCUUGUGGGGGCUCCAGCGUGCGGUGAUGUCAUGAAACUGCAGAUUCAGGUCAACGACGACACGGGUGUGAUUGAAAACGUCAAAUUCAAGACUUUCGGUUGCGGGUCGGCCAUCGCUUCCAGCUCGUACAUGACAGAGCUGGUGCGUGGUAAGACCCUGGACGUGGCUUCGCAGAUCAAAAACACAGAAAUCGCCAAAGAGCUCAGUCUCCCCCCAGUGAAGCUGCAUUGCAGUAUGUUGGCUGAGGACGCCAUCAAAGCGGCCAUCAAGGACUACAGAUCCAAGAGAAAGACAACCGUUCUUAAAUAA